AUGGUUGCCGAGACCGAACUUGAAAAAGUUAACCAAUUAAUACGAAGCUCAAUUCCAGAUAUUGACGAUGCAAUCGUAGAGUAUGUUGUCGGCUACUUGGAUGAGAUUCCUUCUAUAGGUGACGAUGAAGAUGCAAUUACCGACUUUGUUCGCCCACUUCUUGUUGAUGCUGCUGGUGAUUCUAACAACAUUGAAACACUAUGUGAACAGUUAACAGAGUUAUUUGCCAAUGCUCACCAAACGAGUACUAAAACCCCGCAAGGUCUAAACAAGCUUGCGCAACCAAUUAACAUGCUUUCGAGAGAUUCGGUCUCGGCCACUUCACGCUUAGUUAAUCAGUCCAUAGAUCUGGAAGCUGUUAGCGGUCGAAAAAUCGAAACGAGGGUGGAUACAAAAAGGCUUGAAAAAGCCGAAGCUAAAAUUAAAGCCAAGUUAGAAAAGCGUGAACGAAGGUCAAAUUAUGAAGCUAGUAAAUUAAUAAACAAGAAAAACGACGCGGAAUUUUAUAUACAAGUCAACCCGAUUCUAGAUUAUACUUCAACAAAGGGAAAAAUCAAGGACGUUAAAAUCGAAAACUUUGACAUCUCGUUUGCUGGAAAACGAAUUUUAACAAAUUCAAAUCUGACGCUGGUCUAUGGCAGAAGAUAUGGAUUGGUUGGUAGAAACGGUAUCGGGAAAUCAACGCUUUUGAGGACACUUUCUAGACGCGAAAUCAGCGUACCGACACAUAUUAGUAUAUUACAUGUCGAGCAAGAAGCAACAAUUCAAGCGGUAUUAAGUGCUGAUAUUUGGCGAGAGCAUUUAUUACAAGAAGAAAGAACAUUGAAUGAAACUAUAAACUCUCUGGAAAAACAACCGGAAAUUGAAAGUGACAAAGCAGAAUCACGAGCAGCGGCAAUUCUAUCAGGUCUAGGUUUUCCAUCAGAAAAGCAUAAUUAUCCUACAAGAACUUUCUCAGGUGGUUGGCGAAUGCGCCUCGCAUUAGCGCGAGCUUUAUUUUGUCGGCCGGACUUAUUAUUGUUAGAUGAACCGACAAACAUGUUGGAUAUUCCUGCUGUUGCUUGGUUAGAACAAUACCUCAAGAAAUGGCCGAGCACCCUUUUGGUCGUAUCUCACGACAGGGAAUUUCUCGAUGAAGUGGCUACCGAUAUUCUACAUCAGCAUUCUGAACGUCUUGAUUAUUAUAAAGGCAACUUUACGCAAUUCUGGGCGACGAAAGAAGAACGUCGGAAAAAUCAGCAGCGUGAAUAUGAAAGCCAGAUGCAAUAUCGUCAGCAUUUGCAGGAUUUUAUCGAUCGCUGGCGAUAUAAUGCCAAGAGAGGACCGCAGGCUCAAAGCAAAAUUAAGAUAUUAGAAAAGUUACCGCAAUUAGAGCCUCCAGAAAUCGAAAAUAGCGUGACCUUCAAAUUCCCGAAUCCAGAUCCGCUUAGUCCUCCCAUCCUUCAAAUGAAUGACGUUAGUUUUGGAUAUAAACCUAGUGAAACUAUAUUAUCUAAAGUUAAUUUAUCAGUGCAAUUAGAUUCUCGGAUCGCUGUUGUCGGUCCAAAUGGAGCUGGUAAAUCUACCUUGCUAAAACUACUCACCGGCAAUUUGGAACCUCGCGGUGGCUUAGUGCAUCGUCAUGGACGUUUAAGAUUUGCCCUAUUUAUGCAGCACCAUGUGGAUCAAUUAGAUCUUGAUGCUAAUGCGGUCACUUUUAUGUUAAAAAAUUGGCCAGGUAGAAAUGAGGAAGAGUAUCGGCGGCAACUUGGAAACUUCGGUAUAACUGGCAUGACAGGUUUACAGUCUUUGGAAACCUUAUCAGGAGGUCAGAAAAGUAGAGUCACCUUUGCUUGUCUAGGGUUACAGAAUCCACAUAUAUUGAUCUUAGAUGAGCCGACGAAUCAUCUUGACAUGGACUCUAUUGACGCUCUCACUAAUGCACUAAAAGAAUUCAAGGGUGGCGUCAUCCUCGUAUCUCAUGAUGAACGAUUUAUUGAUUCAGUAUGCACCGACAUUUGGGUGUGCGAACAAGGUCACGUUCGCAAGUUUGAAGGCGAUAGUAUAAAGCAAUAUCGCGAGAUGAUUGUUCCUAAAGAUGAGCCCUGA